GUGUAGAUACAGAUCUGGUUCAUGAUAAUGGCUGCCCUAGAUUAUCUUUUAGAAGUCCUCCUCUGUCUCUAUAGCCUCCUGAUGCUCUUUAUUACUCCGUAUACUAAAGUAGAAGAGAGUUUCAAUGUACAGGCCAUGCACGAUCUACUCUAUCAUACCAAGGACAUAGACUUGUAUGAUCAUUUGGAGUUUCCAGGUGUAGUUCCAAGGACUUUCCUUGGUCCUAUAUUUAUCUCUGGUCUGUCUUACCCUCUCGUGCAGUUGGCUUCAAUGCAGGAUUGCUUCAAUAAGUUCACGUCUCAAUAUAUUGUCCGUGGUGUUCUUGGUUUGAUUGUUAGUCUAUCAUUCAUUUCCUUCUCUCGCUCUAUACGUACUACGUUUGGUCCUACUGUGAGUCGGUUUUUGAUUGUAGUGACUCUCACUCAAUUCCACUUUGUCUUUUAUUUGUCUCGUCCUCUACCCAACGUAUUUGCAUUAGCACUGGUUUUGUUAGCUCUCCGCUAUUGGUUAUUGGCCGAGCAGUUUACUUUUAUACUGUUAUCAGGGACAGCAAUACUGAUAUUCAGAUUUGAACUUUCCAUUCUUUUUGGUCUCAUUCUCAUACUGGAACUAUUCUCAAGACGACUGUCACUCACGAAAUUUCUAACUUACUCCCUGCCAGUGGGCGUGGCUUUAUUAGGUUUGACUGUAUUUGUCGACUCUUAUUUUUGGCGUAGAUGGGUGUGGCCGGAGGGGGAGGUACUCUGGUACAACACAAUAUUAAACAAGAGCUCCAAUUGGGGUACGUCUCCAGUCUGGUGGUAUUUCACGUCUGCCCUCCCUCGCUCCCUCCUUUUCUCUUUAUUUCUUAUCCCGUACGGGAUGUAUUAUGAUUUUGGACGCGUCACUCUUCUUCUAAUUCCUGCUCUCGGGUUUGUGGGCGUGUACUCUCUCCUCCCUCACAAAGAGCUUCGGUUUAUAAUGUAUUCUAUUCCGCUAUUUAACGUCGCAUCUGCAGUGGGCCACGCCCAAAUUUGGAAGAAUAAGAAGAAGCUUCAUUUAAUAUUCCCACUAAUUUCAAUUUCCUCUCUCUUCCUUUCUUGGCUGGCAUCGCUCUUCCUUCUCUAUCUCUCUCACAACAAUUAUCCUGGAGGCUAUGCUUUUCACUCUCUCCACAAACUAGUACAAACUAAAGAUCCUAUCACUGUUCAUAUUGGAGUGGAAGCAGCCAUGACAGGAGUGACAAGAUUUGGAGAGCUCAAUCCAUCUUGGAAUUAUUCAAAGAUUGAGGGAUUUGAGCACAGUUCUUCUGACAUGCAGAAUUUUGAUUACCUUUUGAUAUCAGCUUCAGAUUACGAGUAUUACAAUGAUACUCAUGAGAUAGUGCAUAAGGAGGUUGGAUUCUCUCGUCUCUCAUUUGCUCUCAGGCAGUUCCCUCCUAAUAUUAGUGUAGUGUUGACUGAUAAGAUAUUUAUAAUUCAGAACAGAGAGAGAAAUAAUGAAUAAUGUUUGCAUAUUAAUAUAUAUAUAUAAGUCAAAUAUUUUCUUAUUAAAGUUUUUCUAAAGGUGAUAUUCCUAGUAUCUGUA